UGAUAGAUAGCAAAAUCGUUUUCAUACCCCAGUUCGGUAGUUGAUGGAAUUAGACAAUUUUUUUGCCUUUUUCCACAAUAUGAAAUUUCUUAGUAUUUUUUUUAUUACAAUUCUAUGUCUUGGUCAAUCAUUGAUGAUUGAUGAAUGUUCGUAUCGAAUUGAUUUUGUGCGGAAUGAGAUCGGAGAAAAGUGUGUAAAUCAACUAGAAAAAUUAUGUAAUAAUAAAGAUUGGCUACUUGCAUUCUGGGAUUCUUCUACAAGAGUGAUCCACAAUGGUUUGACAGCGACUAAUAAUCAAGAUUUGGGAAAUUACGACCUAUGUAUGUCGAUCGAUGAAAAUGGUUUGAAGGGAAAAUUUUGUCCAUUCCAAUGGGCCACAACAAUUCCAAAAGAACUAUUAAAAGAAGCUAUAGCUGUCAUGGAACUCAAAAAUCAUAUUAAUAUUCCUAUUCCUUCCGUGAGUGAGUACCAACUUCCAUCGAAGGACGUAGUAAAUGUAAAAGUAGGAACAACCGAAGAAAUUACUUUGCUGGGAUCAAUGUGUAUACCCGAUGGUUGUACACCAGAGGAGUUUACCAAAGUUUUCAAUCCCUAUGUUUAUCCAGUUUUCUACAAAAACAGCACAGCUAAUUGUGUCACUAAAGAUGAUAUCACAGAGAUGUCUACUUUCCAAAUAGUCGUCACAAUCUGUAUCUGUAUAAUACUACUUAUAGUUGUUUGCUCUACAGCUUACCACAUUUGGCUACGUAGCGCAGAUGAAGGGGAGCCACACGACAUAAUCAAAGCAUUCUCAGUUCUACACAAUGGCCAAAAACUUGUAGAAAUAAGUAGGGACAAUCCAGAUCAAAUUCAGUGCAUUCAUGGUCUGAGAUUUUUCAGUAUGUUGUGGGUUAUUGCUGGACAUACUUUUGCUAGUGAGGAAAUACUGCCACUAUUCAAUGUGAAGGACGCAAAAGAGUGGCGUUCACAUCUCUACGCUCAAUAUAUAUUGGCUGGACCAUAUGCAGUAGAUACCUUUUUCUUUCUCUCCGGUUUCCUAUUGGCAUACGGGUACAUGAAGCAAAUGAAAGGAGUCAGAGCUACCAAACAAAUCAUGGCUAUACCACUUAUGAUUUUGCACCGUUAUCUACGGUUAACUCCAGCAGUAGCUGCAAUGUUUUUUGUAUCAAUUUCAUUCUUGAAGUCAUUGGGAAAUGGUCCAAUAUGGGUUGAAAGUGUUGAAUCUGUAAAUAAACCAUGUACGGAUUACUGGUGGAGAUUUUUCUUUUAUUUGCAAAACUACAGCUCUGCAAUUUGUUACACACAAACUUGGUACUUGUCAGCAGAUAUGCAAAUGUUCAUUGCAGCUCCAAUAGUUCUGAUUCCGGCUGCAAUAUACUUCCGGAAAAAUCUAUAUUGGGUUAUAGCUUCUUUAGUUGGUCUGAUAGUAUUCUGUGUUGGAUUAACUAUUACAAUACUAUAUACUGUGGAUAAUUACAAUUAUCCUUAUGAUACACAUUCAAGAUUGUCGGAUUAUUUGGUUGGUAUCAUAGGAGGAAUAAUAAUGCACACUAUGAGAGGAAAGACUAUCAAAAUAAAAAAGGUUGUUAGCUUAGCUGUGUGGGUUGUUACUCUAGCCGUAAUGAUAUUUUUGGUUCUCUAUUUAAACGACAUAAUCGUCCAUCCUACUGUGGAUAAAACGAACUAUUUUUACCCAAUUCAAAGACCCAUAUGGAGUGCUUGCAUUUUAUGGAUUGUAAUCUCAUGUCAUUUUGGCUAUGGUGGAAUUAUAAAUAAAUUUUUAUCUAUUUCGUGUUUCCAAAUUGGAUCUAGACUGUCCUACUGUAUGUAUUGUAUCCAUGGUAUGAUUAUUUUGUACAACGUUGGUAGUAUCAGAUCAUAUCAAUAUUUCAGUGAUUAUGCUAUGAUUUAUCUAUUUUUCGGAAAUACUGUAGUAUGUUUAAUAUUAUCUACCAUAUGGACCCUAACCUUCGAAUCACCAAUGAUCAUUUUAAAUAAAAUGCUCUUGGGAAAAUUAGGAUCACCCAAGAAGUGAUUGAUUAUAAUUAAUAUUGUAUUAUAUAAAAUAUUGAUCAACUACCUCCUAAUCUAUGUAUGUAAUGUGUGUUCCAUUGAACCCCUUUUUUUGGUAUUAUUUCAAUAAUUCAGCAAGCAUAUAUUUCAAUAAUUUAGGUGUAGAUGAAAUAGAUUAGUACAACACAAGAAAGAAAUAUUUUCAAAAAGAUUUAAUUCAGACAAUAGAUCCAUUAAAAAUCAGAAAGAAGUCAUAUCUGAAAAAAUAGCAUCGAUUAAUUUUUGUAAUUUUAUUUUAUUAAUAAAUCAUGCUGUUGAAGUUAA